AUGGACGAUAGAAUUAUGGAAUCAAGCAGCUCUAGUUGUCACAACCAUUCAUCAGUCAGCAGCGACCAUCCCAAGUCUAUCAUACACAUUGAUAUAGACUGUUUUUAUGCUCAAGUGGAGAUGCUGAGGAAGCCCGAACUGCGGUCUCAACCUCUAGGCAUCCAACAAAAAAAUAUCGUCGUAACUAGUAAUUAUGAAGCUAGAAAAUUCGGUAUAAAGAAGUGUAUGCUCGUUACAGACGCCCAGAAGGUUUGCCCCAGUUUGAAAUUAGUGAACGGUGAGGACUUGCACAAUUAUAGAGCGGCCUCUAACAAUAUAUUCGCUGCGCUUCAGUAUUGGAAGUGUCCAGUUGAGAAGUUAGGACUGGCUUUCACAAAGUUCCAAGAAAGAAUGACAGGUAGGGGUUCUAUUGUGAAUUACUUAAUGAAUGAUAUCUCGGUGCAGUCUGUGCUUAACAUAACAAAUGAUUGUGACACAUCUGCUUCUUCAAUGGACUACUCUGCGGCCUCUCCCAGUAGUAGCACAACAACUGAUCUCUCUGAUGGUGAAGUUGAACCUUCACCUAAAAAGCCUAAAAAAGUUAAUUGGAUAGCUAAAAGAAGAUGUUUGUCCAAAGAGGAAGUAGCAUCUCCAAGUAAAUUAAAAGUAGGUGAGCUCAGAUUAAAUUCACGGGAGUUAGAGAAAGUUUCAGAAUUAAGGCUAAACUCACGCGAUAGGUCACUGACACCGCGAGCCAGUCCUGCUAAGGACAACCUUUCCGAUACAGAUACAAUGAGAGACGGAUCUGAGGCUGGUAAUUGUGAUGACUGUCCAAGUUAUGUUGAUAAAGAAGUUUUUAAAGCCUUGCCUGACGAAAUGCAGCAAGAACUUAAAGCCAUGUGGAAAAACCCAUCCAGUUCAGAGUUGCCUAGAAGUAGUCCAAGAACAAUGAACAAAUCUAAACCGAACACUAUCUUGAAAUAUUUUGUUCCACACAAA